UAAGUGCUCCAGUCCCCAGUCUGACAGCCAGCGGCUGAAACGAACAGGUCCGGUCACACUCGCCCUGCUGGUGCUUCUGACUCCGGAGAGAUAGGGAGCUGAUCCAACUGCCUCUGCCUCUGGAUUUGAAGUGAAAGUCUUCCCCAUAGACGUGGAGGGUCUAUCUCAGCGCUUGGAUUCCUACAGUCACCCCCGCCCUGGGCCGGAUCCCCCACAGCCUUCCGGAUCCUAAACCCCAGCAGACACCGGCCAUGGCCUCCAUGGGACUGCAGGUGAUGGGCAUCGCGCUGGCCGUGCUGGGCUGGCUGGGCGCCAUACUGAGCUGUGCGCUGCCCAUGUGGCGUGUGACCGCCUUCAUCGGCAGCAACAUCGUCACGUCGCAGACCAUCUGGGAGGGCCUGUGGAUGAACUGCGUGGUGCAGAGCACCGGCCAGAUGCAGUGCAAGGUGUACGACUCGCUGCUGGCACUGCCGCAGGACCUGCAGGCGGCCCGCGCCCUCAUGGUCAUCUGCAUCAUCCUGGCUGUGCUGGGCGUGCUGCUGUCCGUGGUGGGCGGCAAGUGCACCAACUGUGUGGAGGAUGAGGGCGCCAAGGCUAAGACCAUGAUCGUGGCAGGUGUGGUAUUCCUGAUGGCCGGCCUGCUGGUCAUGGUGCCGGUGUCCUGGACGGCCAACAACAUCAUCCGGGACUUCUACAACCCGCUGGUGCCCUCCGGCCAGAAGCGGGAGAUGGGCGCCUCUCUCUACGUCGGCUGGGCCUCUUCGGGCCUGCUGCUGCUCGGUGGGGCCCUGCUGUGCUGCAAUUGCCCACCGCGCACCGACAAGCCCUACUCGGCCAAGUACUCUGCCGCCCGCUCCGCCCCGGCCAGCAACUACGUGUAAAAGGCCGCCACUCAGCUCUGUCUCCAGUCUUUUUUCUCCCUGGACUGAAGGCACAGCCCGUGACCCCAGGAUGUUCCUGCCACGAGCCACAGGCUGCACCAGCAGGGACUGAGCCAGGCCACUGGCUGGCAGCCCUUCGGCCCCUUCUGGCCCUCUCAGACGCCUACGAACAGCCUCCUCUACGCGGGCAAGGAUGGACAGAAAAGAGACUCGUGUGCUGCCCUCCUCUGGCCCCCGGGGAUACAGAAGAGGGGGGCAGAAGUCACAGGGUAUGGUGGUGGAGGGGGGCUGGCUCCUGCUGGUCAGAAGAGCUGAGCCCUGAAUUUGCUUGGGCUCUGCCUCCGAGUGGGUGCCCUGCCCACGCCUGGGUCAGCCAUGAGAAUGGCUGGCAUCUCGCUCCCCCACCCGCCCUUGGAGCAGAGUCGACAGACGGGUUUGGACGGGAGGGGUGAAGGUACUACAAACUGGUUUGGGUGGUGGUGGGGGAGGAGACCUCGGAGGCAGCCCCGGCUGCCCGCACCCCUCUCAGCUCCCACCCUGCAGCCUCAGGGCUCUGCCUCAGCAGCCUCGGCAGCGGCGGGAGGACCCCGGGCCUCUUGUGACUGGUCACGUCUGGAUUCACUGCCCCUGCCAAGGUCACUGGGCAUCCUGGGGAGGGCAAGGGGAAGCGGUCUUUCUCCGGCCUUCAUCCACAGAAAGUCCUCAACCUUUUCCCUGCCUUGUCUCUGGUUUCUGUUUUGUAACUUAAUAUCUGUUUAUCACAGUAAUUACUAUAAUUUUCUACAAUAAAUGGGACCUGUGCACAGGAA